AUGAGACGAUGUCUAAUAUUCUUUUCGACUGGCGCAGUAACUGGCUUGUUUCUAUCGAAUGUUAUCGAUCAUCUUCACUCUCAACGUUCGUCUCGUCUCGAAAGAAAUCCUUAUUUGAAUUUCAUCAAGUACGGUCUACCAUCAUCGCAGAACCUUGAAUACUACCGUCAAUACAUAACAUCCAUCGAUUAUGCACGACGAAUUCCUUCCUGGGUUGGUUAUUCGCUUUCACGCGAUUAUUUGUCGAAAUGUUCGUUUCAACCGAAAAGUACUCGUACCCGGUCGGAAUUCCAGUCUCAAUGCCAAAUGGUACCCACAGAAUUUCAAGCAACAAAUGAAGAUUAUUAUGAUUCGGGCUGGUCAAGAGGCCAUAUGGCGCCAGCUGGCGAUCAUAAAUACGGUAGUCAAGAAGCCAUGAAUGAAACAUUCAUUUUAUCGGCAAAUAUUGUUCCGCAAGACCUUGAUAAUAAUGGAAAUUAUUGGCAACGCAUUGAAUAUUUUACUCGAAAUCUCGCCAAGCAGUUCGAUUUUGUUCAUGUCAUCACUGGACCUCUAUUCAUUCCCAACGAACAGAAGUCAUUGGAUGCGGAUGAUGAUUUUCCAAUAAAGCAAAUGACAUACAAUGUUAUCGGUGAAAAUGAGGUACAUGUUCCGACUCAUCUAUUCAAAUGUGUUCUUGUUGAAAAUCAAAAUCAGCGCGAUAUGGGUGUUGGCUGUUUCGUUAUUCCCAAUGAACCAAUUGAUCGAAAUCGAUUAUUGACUGAUUUCGCAGUUUCACUUGCGAAUGUCGAACGAAGAACGGGAUUACAUCUAUUCCAUAAAAAAAUUCGUGUAGAUGAAGUUCCAUUUCUAUGUGAUAAAACUUCAUGUGAACUGUUAGGCAAAGAUGCUAUGUCACAUGAACUGAUUGAGCAGAUUGAGUAUGCAAGAAGGGUCCGUCGGUGCAAAACAAUGGAGCAACUGCAAAAACUUUGGAAUGAAGUCGAAAGCAAACGAUAUGCAACCAUCGAUAAAUGGUUGACUUCUGCAUACGCAAAACGGUUAGCUGAACUUGAUACACAAAAGCUGAAACAUGAUGAUUGA